AAUAAUUUAGAAUUAAGCAGUAGAUGCUAUCUAAAAUGAAAUUGUUGUUCCUGUCUGGAAGCAACAGAUGUUCUCAUAGGUUUUGGUUCCUUUGUUUUUACUUUUAGUGAUGGUUAUGCAUUCAUGUGAGUCAGAGGCAGUGCCAAAGUGUAUUUAUAUUAAAGUUUUUGCAUAUGAGAAUCUUUGAAUUCAAAAGUUGUUCAAGCAGCGUUAAAGGAGCAGUUCUAUUGCACUAACCACAAAUGUAUUUCCUGGGCGUUGAGACAAGAGACUGAAACACCAGAACAGUAUUGGUUCUUUAGUAUUGAGACCAACAGAUGAAACUUCUAGAGACACCAACAGCUAUUAAUGGUUAGUCAAAAGGAUAAAUCCUAAGACCAGCCAUGCUGAAUUCUACAGUUUCACAGUCUUGGAAUAACGCAACACAGGACCAGCAGGAUUUAAUUUUUGUUGCCGUGUAUGCAGUGGUUUUCAUAGUUGGACUAACUCUCAACCUCACUGCUCUUGUGAUUUUUUUUCGCAUUGCAAAGUCGCGGUCUCACACCACCGUCUACAUGAUUCACCUGGCCUUUGCAGAUAUUCUUCUGAUUUGCACCCUGCCUGUGCGUAUAUAUUACCAUGGAGGCUUUGAAGGUCUGCCACAUAAAAUCUGUGAAUUUACUGGAGUCAUACUGCUAGCAAAUAUGUACGGAAGCAUCUUUCUCCUUACGUCCAUUAGCUUUGACCGCUGCGUAGCAGUCUGCUUCCCGUUGUCCUCUCGUGUUCGUGAGGGUCGCAAGAAAGCCUGGUGCGUGUGUCUGGGGAUCUGGCUCCUAACCAUAGGAGCAAGCUUGCCGAUUUACUUCAAAGUGCGGACUUCUCCGAACCAUUCUUCUAAUUUGUCAAUCAGCUGUUUGAAUUUGUCAAGCAGCUGUUUCAGCAGCUUUCCCACAUACGCCACUCAAACUGUCCCUCUCAUUUCCACGUUAACUGUCGGCUUUGGGAUUCCAUUAACUGUUAUGAUUCUCAGCUCAUGGGGGCUCAUACGGGCUAUAAGUAAAAGUACUGCUGCCCAGACUAGUGAUCUAGUAGACAGCGGAAAGAUCAAGAAGAUGAUCACGACUAAUUUGGCGAUCUUUCUGAUCUGUUUUCUGCCAUAUCAUAUCAUGCUAGUGUUACUGUAUGCUUAUAAAGGUUCUGAAAAUGUUUUAUGCUCGCUGGUACCAGCCUACCGGUAUAGCCUCAUGAUAGCUUGCCUAAAUGCAAUGCUAGACCCGGUUGCUUACUAUUUCACCACUGAAACUUUUCGCAGAAAGAUGGAUGUAGACGCUGUACGUAAAAUAUUGCAAAUGAAUAGUCACAGCUCAGAUGGAAACAACCGCUCUCGAACUCCCCUCACUACGUAAUCAUUACCUACUGUGGCUUACCAAAUGGUUUAUUUUUGUACUUAUAUGUAGCUUUCUGCAGAAGGAAUGGAAACAUGACUCAUUUAUUGCAAAAUUUUAAUCUAGCAAAUAAUUUGUGCAUCUUCGCUGUUUUGUGCAUUAAAGUAAAAGGCACUUACAGUAUAACUGCUUUCUAAAUGACACAGUUCAACUGUGUCAGUUCAAAAUAAAAGGGGCCAUGAGUCAAAAUGACAGGAAAUGGUUGUCGCCUUCCUUGACAAGCUGUUUACUGUAUUGGCAGAACACUAAAAUGUGCUAAACCUAUUUCUGCAAAAGUUCACUGGCUUCUUUCUCAAAUAUGCUUUAGUCGUUUUUUUUCACAGUUUUGCUCCUGUAACGCACUGUAAUUUAAAAAAAUAAAUAAAGUUUAAGAAUUUCAAAUAGAUUUUAUAAGUUAUGUCAACUUUGCACAAGACAAAACUUAAAAUUGCAAGUUGAAUUGACUUGUAAAUCCAAGGAGUUUAACUUCAUGCUGCAUUUUUUUACAGUGUGGUUUAUAUCAAUCAUCAAACAUGUUGACACGUCAAAAGUAUAGCAGUAUUACCAAGAAUUUGAAGCAUUAAUUAUGAAAAAUACUGGGGCUGUUUCCUGGACAGUGAUUAUAAAGUAAUGUUUUUAGUAAGGCAUGUUUAUUGAAACUAGUUAUUUUUCAUAAUAAAACUAAGGCCUAGUCCUGGUUUAAGUUAAUCCCUGUCCAGGAAACCGCCCCAUCGUGUUUAAUUAAAGCAUUAUUUUCCCAUAACUUCUGUUUAUAAUGCUUACAUUUCGAUUUGUGAUAGAAGUGUUUUCUAUUCAUAUAUUUUUUAAGUUGUUUGUAUGUUUAUGUGCUAUUAAAUGAAGCUGGUAUGUGUGAAAUAAUUGUGUUGGAUUUUAACAGACUUGUAUGUCCUUUAUUUUAUGUUAAUUUGUAAUGUGU